CGCAGGUUGGAGGCGGAGGCGGAGGCGGCGCCGCAUUGACCUUCCCGGAAGUGGCCCCUGCGCGCUCCGGAAGCCGGAGGUUGCCCGGGCUCGGCCCUAGGCCCGGACUGCAGGUGUCGGAGACAGCCCAGGUGACGGCCUCCGGGCCAUGGAGCCCCCCGGGGAGAAGGCGGGAGAGGGGGCCCGGGUGCGGGUGACCCCGGAGCUGCUGAAGGGGCGCUCGGGCGAGUUCGCGCUGGACUCCAUCCUGCUGCUGCAGCUGCGCGGGCUGGGCCUGGCCGAGCUGGGCUGCCUGGGCGAGUGUCUGGGCCUCGAGUGGCUGGACCUGUCGGGCAACGCGCUCACGCAGCUGGGCCCGCUCGCCUCGCUGCGCCAGCUGGCCGUGCUCAAUGUGGCCAACAACCUGCUGACCGGGCUGGAGCCGCUGGCCGCCUGCGAGAGCCUGCGCCGGCUCAACGUGGCCGGCAACCUGCUGGCCACGCCGGGGCAGCUGCAGUGCCUGGCGGGGCUGCCCGGCCUCCAGGACCUGCGGCUGCGGGACCCGCUGGCCCGGCUCAGCAACCCGCUGUGCGCCAGCCCGACCUACGGGGCCGCCGUGCGCGAGCUGCUGCCGCGCCUCAGGGUCAUCGAUGGGCAGCGUGUGACGGGCCGCGGCAGCGACUUCUACCAGCUGUGCCGCGACCUGGACCGCUCCCUGGGCCCCGGGACCGGCCCGGCCCCCCCCACCGCCACCGCCCAGCCCUGGGUGGAGCCCGGUUAUUGGGAGGCCCGUCCGGCCCGCAGCGGCUCCAUCCUGGAGGAGGCAUGUCGCCAGUUCCGCCACACCCUGCGUGAGUGCCACGAUCUGGAUCGCCAGGCCCAGGAUCUCCUGGGCCAGGCCCAGCGGGCACUCGACCCCGAGGACGCCCCCUCGUCCUUCGUCUUCUGAGUGCGGCCUGGGACCC